CGCCACUUCACUUCACUCCAUCUCUCUCUAUAUCCCUUCAUCACUUUCCCAUCUGUCUGUGGUUUGCUGUGACACUAGGUAUGGAAUGACAGGAUGUUUAUGUUCUUGUAUAUAAGGUGCAGAAAUGCCACACAGAGACAUGUCACAAUGUACAGCAAACAUCUUCAUCCUCCUCAAUCUUCUCUGCUCAGCAGCUCCAGAGAAAUGUAAACAUGACGUGUGCAUCGUGCAGCCGUACCGCGUGGUGGCAACGGAGGGCGUGGCUACGGUAGAGUGCCGCUACUCGUCUCCCCCCCAUCCCCACCCAGAGGAACUGAGCGUGGCGCUGCUGAAAGGUCUCCACGGCAAUGAGGUGGUGUGCUGGGGCAAACUCAACAGCACACAGCUGAGCUGGAGCACAAGUGGAGAGCCACACGCCUGCCAUACUCGCAUGACCAACCGCGGCUUCAACAUCACCGUCUCCGGCCUGAAGGGCGGCGACACUGACAUUUACCGCUGCCAGGUGGUAGUGCGCUACCCCCCUCCCUAUCGCACGAGAACAGGCAAUGGCACCCUGGUUUACGUUCCAGGUGAGAGAGAAACCGGUCUGUUCCCUGCCGGAGAUUCAGCUUCUCGUGGGCCACAGACCACCACAGCUGGAACCGGAAAACUGGACCCCGGAACCAACGGCGACCGGGCAAGAGAGGCAGGACAGGGCACUGCUGUGGGUACAGGUUUCCCUGCCACUGCUGCUGUUUCUGCUGGUCUCAACCAUGUUCACCGUAAUCUACCAGAUCGCAAGGGUUAGACACGCCAGAAGACAAUCCACACAGCCACUGAGCAAGACCGCCAUUGUCUGACCUCACAAACUAGGGCCUUCCUUCCCUCUGCAGUUAGACUAUGUAACACCAAUGACACCCACUUCUUAACUUUUUAACCUCCUCCCUUUAUGAUGCUGCUAAUGCACUAUUACUAAUGUACUUGUUUUUAACAGCAAUAUCUCAAUUGUUCAUAUAACAUCUCUAUUUUUAUCUAUCUUGUAUACUUUUUAAGCUCCUGGUCCCAUGUCUGUAUGUAUGCCGUCUGCUUUUUGCACAUCUGUAUGUACGUUACUGCUGCAACAAAUGAAUUUCCCCAUUGUGAGAUAAUAAAGGGCGUACCUACUUACUUAUAAUAUAUGGGUUGGGGACAAAUAAAGGUUUGCACA